AAGUAAAAGCUGAAAACUGCAACACCUACUCAAUCGCUCUGUGAAAUGCAACAGUAUUAGCAGCAUGGCUCAGAAUCUGCAAAAGAAGCCCUCCAAGGGUAUACUGAAGACGUCGCGCAGCGUGGACGUGCAGAGCAGCGAUGGGGCUCCGUCUACGAGUAAGCGGGCGAAGGAGCAGCGAUUCGACGAGAUGAACAUAAUGGAGACGUUUCACCCGGCGAAUAAGGACUACGGGCAUAUGAAAGUGGAUGAGCCGAAGACGCCGUUUUCGGAGUCUGUCGACGGAGACUUGGAGCCGGCGGACGAGCUGGACGCGAACAUCCUGGCGGCGAAGCUGGCGGCUAGUAUGAACAAGCCGCCGAAGUGCGUGGAGAGCGACAGCGACGAGGACAUGGACGAGUCGGACGAGGCGCGCGAGCGCCGGCUCGAGUUCGAGAAGAAGAGGAAAAUGCAUUAUAAUGAGUUCCAGGCAUUACAACUGGCUAGAAAGCUGCUGGCCCAGGAAGAGGAUGAGGAGGAAGAAAAACAGACCACCUGACUGCCGAGCACACACCUCCGCCUGCAGGGCUGCGUGUAAAGGCUUGUAGACCGCCCUUAACUGGCCAUUUGUAGUCCUUUUGAGCAACAAACACAAUCAUUUAACCUUUUUCCAUGCCAUGGUUUUUCGAAGAAAUGUAAAUAUAAUUUAUGCAGCUUAGAUGAUUCAUUUACUGACAAGUCACUUUUUCCGAAGCAUUAAUAUGAAAAUAGACUUCUAAGGUUGAGAUUCUAUUGGUGCAUAUGUUGCCUCCUGAUACUAUGUCUGGGAGAUGAUUAAUAUAAUGCACUCAACCCUUUGAAUGCCUAAUGUGUAUGGUGUGUCAUCUCAAAUCAUGUCAGGGUACACAUGUUCAUCUGUGACCAAAGAGGAUCAAGUAUUAUAGAGAGUUACUAUCAAAGUAAAAUAUGUAAUCACAGUGCAUAGACUGCCAUCUCUCGACACAGGCUUAAAACUUUUAAAAAUCAG